ACACGCGCCGCCCAGCCGCGCCAGCCAGCCAGGCCAGCCGCCCCCGAGGGCUCCGCGACGACGGUGUCACGUUUCAAAUCGGGAUUUGGGUGUAACAUAACCGGGACGAGUGACCAGUGUGAUUGACCAGUGAUUGGCCAGGGACGUGGUAUGCGGGCGUGGUAGACGCCGCCUCCACCAUGCUCCACGCCAGCCUGCUUUCCGUGGCCAUCGUCGCCGUGCUCAUGAGCACGGCGAUGACCGAGCCCGCGCACCACCACGGCUACCGCGCGCCGCACUGGGACAGCGGGGAGUCGCACACGGCCGCGCCGCCGCGCCUCCGACACCACCUCCGCCACCACGGCCAGGGUGCGCCCGUGCCCGCGCCCGCGCCGCCAGCCGGCAGCAGCCUGGACCACCUCCUGGACCGCCUGGACAACCUGGAGACGAUGAACCAGCUGGACGCCAGCGCGUCGUACUGGAGCCGCGCCGACGACCGCGCCGACCGCGCGGCCAUGGAGGACCUGCGGCGCGCCGCCGACGAGUACACCCGCGGCGACGCGGCCGCGGAGAUCAGGGCGGCCGUCAGGAAGCGCCACCACGUCCCGCCGGCCCUGCCCGCCCUGCCCGCCAGGACGGCCGCCUUGACCAUGGCCGCGGACGGCAAGCGGAAGUACCACCACGAGUUUUCGGACGAGGACGACGACGACGACGACGACCUGGACAACGACGACUCCCUGGCGGACGAGGAUGACAAGGAGGACGAGGAAGACGACGAGGAGGAUGAUGAGGACGACGGCGCGUCCGAGGAAGCAGACAAGGUGGACGAACUGGAUGUGGAUUACAGGAGGCACCACGUCAGCCCGGAGAUGUCCCAGGCGCUGAGCGACUCGCCGCCCAUGUCGUACAGCGAGCACAAGUGGAACUCGUACGGCACCAGGGAGAACCUGCAGAACACCCGCCGCAACGGACUCAAGCCCGAGGCGCAGACCUCUUUGCGCCAAGCCAACGAGGCGACCGAACACAUCCUCAAGAUGGCCUCCAACGGGUCCUGCAAGGUGCCGGCGCCCGUGGUGGUGAACGUGGGCAGCCUGUACCCGGACCCCUCCAAGGAGUACAUCCCGCACUGCACCAUCCUGCACCGCUGCACCGACGCCACCGGCUGCUGCAGGAGCAGCAAGUACACGUGCAAGGCGAAGCGGAGCGUGCGCAUCGAGCUCGCCUUCUACACGACGCGCGUUGGGCACCGGAACCCCAUCGUGGAGAAGCUGGCCUUCUACAACGAGACGGAGUGCGAGUGCGCGCCCAUCGAAGACACCCGCUUCCGCAUCAACGACGUCCGGGCCAGCAGCGCCAACGACGCCCACGCCACGGCCUCGUCCAGGAAGCAGCGGCAGACGCAGACCCCGGCCUACAUCGCCAUCGCGCCCUACAACAAGCCGGGGUGCCGCUGCCCCAGCACCUACAGCCCCAGGGACCUGCCCAAGCCGCGCGAAUGCACCUGCGACUGCUUCGACCGCCAGGCGGACUGCCUCAAGUUCAAGAAGGGCAAGGAGUACUUCUCCAUGGAGGACCGACUAUGCAUCGAGAAGAACCUGUGCAAGCUGCCCGAGUGCGAGUUCGGCCCCUUCUGGAAGCUGAGCGGCCGCUGCCCGAGGAAGAACGAGAAGUUCCACCACGACAACCGGAGGAGCGAGAAGUUCUCCCACGACACGCACAGCAGACCAGUGCAGUACUCCCCCAAGUUCUACCGGCCUUGAACGACCUCGAGCAGACUCGACAACCCUUCGGAGGCGUUCCCGAAGUGCCUCGAGGCGUUCUCGAGGCGUUCUCGAGGCGUUCUCGAGGCGUUCUCGAGGCGUUCUCGAGGCGUUCUCGAGGCGUUCUCGAGGCGUUCUCGAGGCGUUCUCGAGGCGUUCUCGAGGUGUUCCAGAUGGCGCUAGGAACUCUGCUGCUGAGGCGCUCUCGAUACCUCGCCCAGGGGCGUUCCUCGGGGACGUUCCCCUAGGGCAUUCCCUAGGGCGUUCCCUAGGGCGUUCCCUAGGGCGUUCCCUAGGGCGUUCCCUAGGGCGUUCCCUAGGGCGUUCCCUUAGGCGUUCGCGGGGCGUUGCCGAAAUGCUGAAGUGACGCUGCGGACUGCACGGCCUGCGGGUUGGAAGAGGCUACUUAAUGACUUGGCUGUGAUAGACAAGGACAGAUGCUGCAGCCAACUCCGACUCUAGAUUUCUCAUAGUUCGGAUAUGGGGUACGGGUCGCUGCCCGCAGCGCGCCGCAGCGUGUGUCGAACACAGGGCUGCCAACCAGGGCGAACCUACCUAGGCGCCCCUCUUGGCCGAGCGGGCAAGCUGACAAUUUCAGGCUCGUUAGAUCGUGGGUUCAACUACGAUCUUCUCCUUUUCUCCCCUUUUUGUUUGCCCGAGCUCUGCAUUCCAGAACCACCAGUGAGUGGCCGACGGGGACGCAUGUGCCUGGCUGCGCCUGGCUCGCUGCGGCUAUGGCGCCAAAACUUGUGAGUGUGUGUGUGUGUGUGUGUGUGCCCAACCGGGCGAACUUCGCUGCUGUUGUCUCCCCGCUGCGCGUCCCCUAUGACUGAGAAAAGGCUACUUCGGACAGUAUUGACAAAUUAGAAUAGAGGAAGUGAAGCAGGAAGCCUCAAUUGACUAUAUUGUAUGUUAUUUUUUCAAUAACGAAUCCUCGUUUAAGCGUAGCGUAUUUAUAUUUUGUUUUGUGUUUAUAUUUCUAAGUUUGUGGAUCGCAGCACGAGUAGAGUGUAUACAUACUAUGGUUACCGUUUUAUACCUAGUUCUAAGGGCUGGAGCACAACUUCGUUGUUUGAGGGAAAUCCUGGAGGGGUGGGGUGGGGAGGGGUCUGGAGGCCGUCUGUUGCACAAACGGCACAAGUUUUGGAGUUUUGCUCGUUACUGCAUUUUCUCUUGACGCCACGAGCGUCAUUGAACCUGCAUUCAUUCGAGUGUUAAAAUUAUUACGAGACACACUGUGAGCGUGUGUGUGAGUGUAUGUAUGCAUGUGAGUGUGUGUGACGGAGUGUGCGUGUGUUCUUGCGCGUGCGUUUUGUGGACAGGGUUUGUCAGCGCGAUCGAGACAAGUUUUGCCCAUACCUGAUUAAGAAAACCUGAAAGGUGAAAGCUGUAAGAGUUUUCAUGUGUACAGAGAGACUAUCAUUGUAGCCUAAAGUAUUUACGCAACUUUUUGUUAAAAUGGCUUCUUCUUGUAACGUAGGUCAAACAGUAAACUCUAGACUUUGAAACAGUGUAGUGUAGAUUCUAUGUAUGCAUACCCUAUUGCUCUGAAUUAGAUUCAUAUUUGGCGGAGUGACUUUGAUUCAACUUCUCUCGCUAGAAUUCUCCUGGAGAGUCAACGGAACACACUAGUGCUGUUCAAAGAACAGGUCUUAUACGUAACUUUCGCUAGCAGUUCGCGGAUCUAGUCAUCCUGCCUUUACGACCCCCUAUGCCAUGCCUGUGUACACUAUCCGGGGCACCCUGUGCGGUGCGGUUACUGCUAGUCACUUUUUAUAGAGCACUACUCCUUGAAAUUUGCUUCCGUUGAGAUGUAAUUAUUUUACGUUAAGACAUACUCUGCCGACAGAGCAGGAAUAUUAAUGCAUCUUUAAAUUAUGGCCGCCAAAAUGUGUAUUAGAAAUAUUUGGAUGCGGAGCACUGGUCCGCCGGACAGUCCUCUGCAACUCGCAUUAUGUUGAGAUGUUUGUUCGACAAAAGCCCCUUUGAUAACUUACUGCUGCUUUUGAUCUGGUGUUGAUUUUGUGUGAACGUAAGGUGCCGCGCUGAAAUGUAAAUUUAGACGAAUAAAAUCGGCAGGAAUCAACCCAGCCUUUGCCCAGAAA